AUGGUGAAGUCCGAACCCACCACCCCCGCUGUCUCUUCACCAGCCCCGGCCUCGGCCGUUCCUCUGGAUGCACCAACGCGUACCACCCCAAUACACCCCGAGCUUGCCAAUAUCAAAGUUCCAGAUGGGCCACUACCAUCAUAUUGUUAUCACCCAGUGACAUGUCAACCAAUCGAACCUAAAGAUUACCAAACCGAGCUGAAGCAACUGGAAGAUGAAUACAAGUCACGCGAGGCUGCGCUCCGCGCGCAAGAACAAAUAGCCAAAGAAGUGAAGGAUAAGAUUGCGAGUGCGCAGAGGAAACGAGAGGAAGUUCAAAGAUCUAUCGACAAGAAGGUCAAGGAACGCGACACCGAGAUGAAGGUUGUGUCCAAAUUCCAAGAGACCAAGGCGUCAGAUAUUCCUUCUUGA